UUAGAUUGCAGAUCUGUAUGAAGAAUGGAUGUGCAAUAUCCGCUUGAAACGAGCGGCAGUCUGUUUUUGUGGUAAUAUAGAUAUCAGCAGAACUGUGCUUCGACAACGGAAGUAUUUUUUACAUGCGGAAGAAACGAAAACAUGGUGUCAACAAGUGAAGUGUUUUGUCUGUUGUUGGUCGCGAUCUUGUGGGGAGGCACAAACCCGUUCCUGAAAAAAGGCACAGAGGGCAUUGAGGAGGUUCAGAAGAAAAACAAACUCCUCCAGUUUCUGGCUGAGCUCAAAUUUCUCUUUCUCAACUUCAAGUAUUUGGUGCCAUUCCUGUUGAACCAAGGUGGAUCAUUGGUGUUUUACUUCACGCUCGCUUCUACAGAUCUGUCUUUGGCAGUGCCUGUGGUGAACUCCCUCACAUUUCUGUUUACACUGCUGAUGGGUAAAGUGCUUGGAGAAGAGUUUGGAGGAAAAGGGGCCAUAAUGGGUAUGUUGCUCAUCAUGUGUGGAGUGACGGUGUGUGUCCUGAGUUAUGUCUCCGAGACGCACGGCAUUGGAGCCCGAAACAUCAGUGAGACCUAAAAUAUGGACUGGAAGGUGAACGUGGGGAAAGUUUAAUCUGCUUCAGCCACAUCAAUGUUUGAAGAUGGUGAGAUUAUGUACAGUUAUAUGUGCUGCCUCAUUUUCAGUGUACGCCGUGACUGGAGGACUUUAUAUUUGUACUUGAACUAUCAAAUGAAAUCCAAAUGUUUUGCACUUUAUGUGGAUUGUGGAGCAUACGAAGAUACAUGUGUGCAUAAUAUAGUUAACUGACAAUUUUAAUGAAUUUGUAUUAAUAAUGUGAAAGUGGUCAGUGUUGGAUAUUUUAUUUUAAAUGUCUUUUACAUUCAGAGGUCAUAUUUUUGAAACAGAAGGAAUAAAAAUGAUAAGAAGCA